UGCGUUUUCUCACGGGAGGAGAGGGAAGGAGUGGAACUGGAUGAGGCAUCCCCGCGGGGCCUCGGAUCUGAAGGUCCCGGCAUGCAGCGGGGUCGCGGGGCCCGACGGGAGCCGGCCCUCCGGCCGAAAGGAGUUCCUGCCGGGCUGUUUCUGCAACUCUGUCCACUCAGUUCGUUGAGAUUUUUCACAAUCAAAAUUAACAGCAAAAUAAGUCAAGAUGUCUGUCGAUCCAAUGACCUAUGAGGCCCAGUUCUUUGGCUUCACACCACAAACUUGCAUGCUCAGGAUCUACAUUGCAUUUCAAGACUACCUAUUUGAAGUGAUGCAGGCUGUUGAACAGGUUAUUCUGAAGAAGCUGGAGGGCAUCCCAAACUGUGAGAUUAGCCCAGUCCAGGUUCGUAAGUGCACAGAGAAGUUUCUUUGCUUCAUGAAAGGACGUUUUGAUAAGCUUUUUGUCAAAAUGGAGCAGCUGUUUUUACAGUGGAUUUUGCGUAUUCCCCCAAACAUCUUGCUUCCGGAAGAUAAAUCUCAGGAGAUGCAUCCUUAUAGUGAGGAAGAAUUCCAGCUUCUCCAAAAAGAAAUUGAACAGUUACAGGAGAAGUACAAGACUGAAUUAUGCACUAAGCAGGCCCUUCUUGCAGAAUUAGAAGAGCAAAAAAUUGUUCAGGCCAAACUUAAACAGACAUUGGCUUUGUUUGAUGAGCUUGAAAAUGUUGGCAGAAAUCAUGGGACUAGUGAUUUUAGGGACAGCUUGGUGUUCCUGGCCCAGAACUCCAGAAAACUCCAGGAUAUUAGAGACAAUGUGGAAAAAGAAAGCAAAAGAUUGAAAAUAUCUUAAUUUCUAAAUAAUAAAAGGAGCCAGUCAAAAAUAGGAUGAGUAAGGGAUGUAUAUCCAUGACUAUUAUGUUAGUGAACUGUAUAUUUUGUUGGAUUUUCUUCAAACUCUUUCUUGUAUUCUACAUUUUCCUCUUAUUUGGUCCUUUUCCUCUUGUUCGGUCCACUCUCCUGAGGUAUCUGUGUACUACUCGGAACUGAUCUUUGAAGCAUUUAUUCCUUAUAGGCCUCUAAUAGGUGGGAAGGGAUUCUUAAUCCAUUAAAGACUCAAUUUGGGGGCUUGAUUAAGAAAUAAAGCUUUUCACGGCCAGUCAAAAGAUACUUGUAAAAGGUGUACCUUGGUCAUGAGUCCUUUGUAACCUUGAUCCUUUUUGCUUAUUCUUUAGAUGAGACCAAAUGACAAAAAGGUUGAGU